GACGUGCUGAAGACGAAGGGCAACGCGGCGGUCCAGAGCCAGAUACAGAUGCAGCUGGUGGAGGUCGACGACGACUGGCGGCUCAUGCAAGGCAAAGGCAAGCGGGCGGGCCGCUGGGAGGCGGCGCAGCUGCUCGCGGAUUGCACGGCAGAGGCGUGGGCUUCGGUGGCCGUGCGAAAGGCGGACGCCGCGCGUGCCGCUGCUGCUGGUGUGGUGCAGCGGCGCUGGCGCGGCUGGCUGGGGCGGAAGGCGGCUGCUGCGGCGCGCGGUGCCCGUGCGGCGAGUGCGGCGGCGGCGCCCUCGCCGCCGCUGGCGGCAGCCCCUGCCGUCAAGACGAAGAAGGGCAAGAAGGCCAAGCAGGGCGCGGAGUCGGACGACGCGAUCCUCACCGAGGCGAUUUGCGACGCUAAGCGUGAGGCCGCCGAGCUGGCCAGCGCGGCCCUGGUGGAGUCCUUGGAGGCGGAGCUCGUGCCCGUCUUGGACGCGAUCGUGGCGAAGCUCGGGAGUCGCGCGGUGUUCGCCGCUCUCGGCAGGCUCCGCGACGGUGCCCAGCAGGCGCUGGGCCAAGGCAGCUUCACGACCCUGGACGAGCAAGAGUGGGGCGCGAGGUUCCUGGACGGCGAGUUCGCCGAGGACAAGGACAAGGCCGUCUGGGUGCAGGUGGUCGCGGACUAG